AUGGGGAAGCUGGAAAAAUUGCAGGACGACGUGUUGCAGUUGCUGCAGUCACAAAUAUCUAUUGUUUCGAUUGGAUCAGCGGUUAGGGAGCUGGUUCAAAACAGUGUCGAUAGUGGGUGUGCUAAUGUUGAAGUGUAUGUGGAUGUCGGUAGGUGGAAAGUUGUUGUUAAGGAUGACGGACACGGGAUAUCGCCGGAGGAUUUGAAUAUGGUUGGACAGAAGAACUUUACGUCGAAGCUACGAAAUUUGGAGAGUCUUGAAGGGAUUCGAACGUUUGGUUUCCGAGGGGAAGGGAUAUUUACUUUGAGCAAUAUAUCUAAAGUUACUGUUGUAUCGAGAUAUCAUGAAUAUAAUUCUAUUUGGAUGCGUGCUUUGCCUUCGAGGGCUGUAAUGGUUGGGCCUAAGGACGCUGAGAAGUUGAUGUAUGCCGUAAAGAAUAGCACAGGCACGACUGUAGUUUUGACUGAUCUGUUUUACAAUUUGCCUGUUCGAAGGAAGAUGAUCACGAAGGAACCGAUGUAUAAGGUGUAUGACGAGAUUAAGCGGUAUAUUUUACAAGUGUUGAUUUGUUUACCGGUACUUAACGUGUCUGUUGUAUUCAUUGACGGGUCGCAACGAAAAACGAUUAUAUGUUCUAAAAACAUCUCAAAGACUGUGCAGUUGUCUAAAAGUCUAACUUCAAUAUUUCAGAAUACCUUUGGUGCCAUAUGUGGUCCUGAAAACUUCAAAUAUGUCUCAGCUAGAUAUCAGGACUUCAUAGUGGAUGGGAUUAUCUCAGUCAUUCCUGUACCUACGCGGGAUUACCAAUUUAUAUAUAUAAACAAGCAAAGUUACGAAGACAAAAGCUUUUACGUCAUGUUAAACAAGAUUUUUAGGUCGGCAAACUUUGGUACUAGCGAUGCCUACAUUUCUGAUGUCAAAAGUGUUGGACAACCUUACAGCAGUUACCCCGUGUUUUUAAUCAAGUGCGCUUGUCCCAAUUCUGUAAGCGACUUAAUGCAGCACCCUGCAAAAGUCGUUACAGAUUCAGAGCAUACAAGCGUAGUUCAGCCGUUGAUACUACAUGUGGUGAAGUCCUUUUUGAAAUUGCAAGGCUACUGUGUGGAUACUUCUGGCCCAGGAAAGGCUACAAAAUCCGAAGCUUUUAGUUCCAUGUUGUUAAACAACUCUAGCAGCCAACAAUAUUUGGUUGCAACACCCACUACAAACAUUGUUCUUGGAACGAACACAAAAAGCGCUAAAUUAAGUGAACGGGAGUUUAUCGGACGUAUUAUUAUGGGACGAAAGAGGCAGAAGACAAAGGUAGAGGUUCCUGUAGUGGAGAAGGUCAAUGAAUGCAUAGAAUACUCUAUAAUAAAAAAAAUUAAGGAGAAGGUAUUUACAGCUAGUGCAAAGAAGACACAGUCUUAUUCUGACAUACCGAAAGUUGAGAUCGAAGAUGAAAGCAUCUCUGACUAUCUAAAGAAAAACGAUGCUAGCUGCUUUAAGAUUAAAAAAUCCCAGCUAAAAGACUGUAUAGUAAUAAAUCAAGUUGACAAAAAGUUUAUUUUAUUGAAAUUGCAACCUUCAAAAUUCAAUAAAAACCCCUUGUUACUCAUAUUAGAUCAACAUGCUGCAGAUGAACGCAUUAAAUUGGAAACGUACAUCAGGGACUACUUAAUCAACAUACUUGGACCAUUUCCAUUAGACCAAAACGUCAACUGUAGCAUUAAAAUCCCAGUGACAUCUACUGAAGCAGAGCUUUUCAAAAGUUAUAAGGACGAAUUUUCAUUUUGGGGGUUUAAUUUUACGAUAGAGGAAACUACUGGUGAAAGCAUCAUGUUAAUAACCUUUGUACCCCGGCUUGUCGAUGCCAGGGCAAAAAACUGUGCUACAUAUUUGAAGAAAGUUCUUCUACAGCAUGGUUAUGAUCUAAAAUCUCACAAAAAGAUUAGAGCCUCAUCUCUGAAGUCCACUGUAUUGCCAAAUGAAAUGUUAGACAACCUUCAAUGGUGGAAAUAUAUUAAUGCUAUGCCCAGACUUCUUAUAGAAAUUUUUAACAGCAAAGCUUGUCGGUCAGCGGUAAUGUUCGGAGAUACUUUAACCCAUGAGGAGUGUGUUUUGCUUAUUAAUGAAUUAUCUAAGUGCAAUAUUCCUUUCCAAUGUGCACAUGGGAGGCCUUCUAUAGUUCCAAUAGUCGAAAUGCAAGCAGAAGAGAAUCCAUAUUUUGGAUUAAGCAAUAAAGACUAUUUAGUUGAUUGA